AUGUAUUCCCCUAAAAGACGAGGAGAUCGACACGGUUCUAUUUCAAGUCGUCAAUCAACCAAUCAAGACUCUAAUCCCUUAGAAGAAAAGGAAGAUAAUUCUUCAGAAAUUAUUAAACCUAAUUUUGGAUUAUCUGGAAAACUUGCUGCAGAAUCAAAUAAAUACAACGGAGUAGCUUUAAAAUAUCAAGAACCACCAGAAGGGCGAAAACCAACCAAAAGAUGGAGGUUAUAUGUAUUUAAAAAAGAAGAGCAAGUGGUGAAUGCGACCUCCAAUGGUGUUCCGUCUAUAUCUUAUCCUUUAAUAGAUUGUCUUCAUAUCCAUCGACAGAGUGCUUAUUUAUUGGGUCGUGACAGAAAGGUAGCGGAUAUUCCCAUUGAUCAUCCUUCAUGUUCUUCACAACAUGCAGUCUUGCAAUUUCGACAAAUGACUUUUACUGACUCAGAGACUGGAGAACAAAAAACGGAUAUUAAACCAUAUAUAAUUGAUCUUGAAUCAUCAAACUCUACAUUCGUUAAUAAGAAAAUUAUACCUACCUCAAGAUACGUGGAAUUGCGAGCAUAUGAUGAAAUCAAAUUUGGUUUUAGUUCACGAGAUUACGUUUUGCUUCAUGACGAAUUGGCGGAUACUGAAGACAUAUCAGAACAAGAUACAAUGAGAACUUUGAGAAAACACUUGGACAAAGGAACAAUUAAGGUUGAACCUCCAACUCUUUCAGUAGUUUCGAGUCAAGCGAAAGCAAUCACCUAA